GUUUUUAUUCCUCGCCUUUCCUUCAAAUUCUGUCCUCUUUUCUUUUUCUUUUUUCUUUUCUUUUCUUCUCUCUGAGAUCACAAUUCCCUGUUUGUCCGUUGGAAGGACUGCAACUUCUGAGCGCUAAGCUCUCUCUCCACACGCUCGCAUUUCCUCUCUCUCGAGUCUCGACGCUUCAAUGGCGUAGCAUGACCGGAAGGUUGCGCGUUUCACACCAUCGGGCAUGAAUCCCACCGCCGCGGACCAACCCCAACCCCCGCCGCCUCCGCCGGCGCAGCCUCCGCGCUCCUCCUUCAGCUGCGACCGCCACCCGGAGGAGCAGUUCUCCGGUUUCUGUCCGGAAUGCCUCUGCGAACGCCUCACUACCUUAGAUCAUUCAGCUUCUACUAAUAACCCUUCUUCCUCCUCUCGCCGCCCGUCCACCUCCUCCUCCUCUGCUGCAGCUGCUUUCAAAUCCCUCUUUUCUAAACCAUCAGCUUCUUCCGCUGCUCCCUCCCUUCCUCCUCCCCCGCCUAAACCGUCCAAACCCUCCUCAUUCUUCCCCGAGCUCCGCCGUACGAAGUCGUUCUCAGCGUCGAAGAAUGAGGCGCCGGGCUUCUCUACGGCUUCCUUUGAGCCCCAGCGCAGGUCUUGUGACGUAAGAGUCCGUAACACACUCUGGGGUCUUUUCUCCAUUGAUAACGAAACGAGACCAUCCACCUCCCAAAACCCUUACUGCAGUGAGAAUGCGGGGGAUUUUGUCAAUAGGCCCGUCCUCGAGUCCAAAGAGGAGGAAGACGAAGAGGAAGUCUAUGGAAACAAAAAUGGAAGCGAUGUAAUUGAAGAAAUCACCGAGCAUCCAGAAUCUCCGAGAAGCCUAAAUAGGUUGUGUGGAGUGAUUAAUUCGGAAAUUGCUGAGGAUAAAGGUUUGAAGGAGGACAUAUUAAAGCCGAUGAAGGAUCAUAUAGAUCUCGAUUCGCAGGCUAAAAAGCCUUCAGGCGGAAUGAUGGAAAUAGCGGGAAGCUUCUGGUCAGCAGCAUCGGUCUUCAGCAAAAAAUGGCACAAAUGGAGGCAAAAACAGAAGCCUAAGAAGCCUAACGAUGGUCGAAGCUCCUCCACUCUACCUGCAGAAAAGAAACUCUCAAGGCAUUUCCGGGAAACCCAAUCUGAAAUUGCAGACUACGGCUUUGGAAGGAGGUCUUGUGAUACAGACCCUCGUUUCUCACUCGAUGCUGGAAGGAUUAGCUUUGAUGACCCCAGAUACUCUUUCGACGAGCCUCGUGCUUCCUGGGAUGGGCAUAUGAUUGGAAAGACCUUCCCUAGGAUGGCUCCUAUGGUCUCUGUCGUUGAGGAUGAUGCUCCUCCAGUGAUAGACCAUGUUUCAUGUACAGACGCUCAAAUCCCAGUUGAGGAUCCAUUUUCUAUCAUGAAGAAUAGCAUCGAUGAAGAAGACGGCACCCUUCCUGGAGGUUCAGCCCAGACUAGGAAUUUCUAUGCAGAUUCUUCCUCAAGAAGGAGAAAGAGUCUUGAUAGGUCUGGCUCUGUCAAGAAGCCGGCAGCAGAUUUUUUGGCUGCUGAGAUUUCUGAGAUGAAGGCUGUUUCUAAUGCUAAAGUUUUGCCUGCUGAUAGAGAUUCCAAUUCCAACUCCUUGAGGGAUGAUUGCUCUGAGACUUCUGAAUUGGCAGGUUUUAGGGAUAAUAAUGCUCCAGCAAUCGGAAAUGGGGAGAGGAAGGGUUCGAAAAAGUCAAGGAGAUGGGCGUGGAAUAUAUUAGGCUUCAUAUACAGGAGAAAUGGUGGUGGGAGCAAAGAUGAUGAAUAUGAACGGUAUAGCAGACCAAAUGGGAUUGAGAGAUCCUUCUCGGCUUCUUGGCAGGAUUUGAGAGGGGGAGUGAAUAAGAAGGCAUUCCGGAGUAAUAGUAGUGUGAGUCGUAGGAAUUCUUCAAGUUAUAUGGGGGGGUCAUUUGGGCAUGGAAGGAAAUCUAGUGUUGAGAUGAAUGGGAAUGUGAGCAAGAGGAAGGAGGAUUAUGGGUUGGAGAGGAAUAGGAGUGCUAGGUUUUCCCCUAAGCAUUUUGACAAUGGUCUCUUGCGUUUUUACUUGACCCCCAUGAGUGGUAGUCGGCGAGGAAAAAGCAGCAACAGGCUAACCGGGACACAUUCGUUUGGGAGGAGCAUGCUUCGACUCUACUCAUGAGAUCCAAGAUGAGUUGAUGGCCAUCUUAAAUUCAAGAACUCACUUGUAGAAAGAUAUGAAGAACUCAGAGCAAUGAAACUGAAGCUGGGUAUGAUUAUGAUUUAUGAAGUCGGUUCAGAUCAUGCAUGCGCUUGCCCUAACCUUUUCAUUAUCUAAAUUAGAAUCACCAUCCACUCUAAAUUGGACUGCUGGGUGUGCUUGGGAUGAGAUUUUGUAUUCCAUAUCCUUGUUCCAGCGGUUAGGUUAUCAUUGGAUGAUCGCAUCCUAAAUUUAACUGGUCAUAGCUAGCAAAUUGUGAAGUCCAACUGUUAAACACAUUUUGCUGCAAUGUGGCAGUUGGAAUAUCAGGUGAAAUACAGUUUUGGAAUAUACCAUCUCAUCCCUUGGUAUCACAGCCAAGUGCCAAAGCUGCAACUAAGAUGGGGUACCUGUACAGAAGUUCUCUGAACUUUUCAUUCUUCAGACAUUCAUUAUAUACUGCUUAUUUAGGCAUGUCAUUUGUAGCACCUCUAGCAUGUCUUCUGGUUUCAUAUUGAAUGGAUGGGUAUAUUACUAUAUUGGAUGAUUCAUAGUUGUUUACUGCAUUUCCCAUAGUACACAUACUUAUCCUUGUGUACGUCGGAAACGUGGGAGCAGAGAGUGUGUGAAGUAGAGGCUGGAACGGGACCUGGUUUCCCGUGCUUGAUCUAAAUCAGUAUUUGCAACCAUAGCACCAAACCAGACUUAUUACGGUUCUACGUAGUAUUUUCUUAAGAAUUGCUCGAACCGGCAAUUCGUGAACCCGACCCGACCAACUUCUCAUGGUUUCAUCAGGGCCUUGUGUAAUGAAGCUUCAUCAACCUGACUGCAAAAUGAAGUUUGCUGACCUUACUCUAAAAGUAUUUAUUGUUUUCGAAUAAUACAUUUUAAUUUUUUUUAAAAGUAAACACCUUACUACGAUACUAAAUUACUAUAAUACUAGUAUUUAAUUUUUUUUAGAGAAUUAUUAAAAAAUUAAGAAGAAAAUACCCAGCACGCUUGGGUGCAAUUGCUUAGUAGAAAUAUUAUUACGUCAAAGCAAAUGAUUAGCUAGAAAAGACAUAGAUCUCUAGCCAGCAUGAACUCCAAUUAACCUAAAGAAGGAAUGGUUAAUAAAGGUGAAAUGAUUAAUAUCUCAAGUGGGAAGUAAGGGCUAUGCUUUUUCUCAUCCGAUUGGGAAAUCAAAGGAAUCAAAACCCACCAAACAAACCAUAAUUUCUUCUAGUCUGAGUUGAUAAUAUAUUAAUAUAUUUCUGCUUUAUGUGUGGGAAAAGCUCAAAAUAUGCGGAGCAUUAAAGUCAAAAGGUGACAAAAAAGAAAAAGAAAGCGGAGGGAAAAAGAAAAAGGGGGCACGAAAUCCAAGGGCAUGCCGGCCAGGGAGCAGAAACAGAAGUUGUAGUGUUUGGGUGAAAAUGCAGAAGUGAUUCUGGUGCUCUAAUUUACUCCUAGAAUCAGUUUUUUUAGAAGCUGGGGGUACCAGCUUCUGAAAACUGAUUCUGAUUCUGAUUCUGCUUUAAAAAAGAAGCAGAAGCAGAAGCAGAAUCAAUUCCAAACACCCCAAAGUACUUUUUUUUAAUAUACAUAUAGUACUUUCUUAUUCUAUUGUUUUGUAGUCAUUAUAUUAGUCUUCCACUCUUCCCUCCAUUAUUAUGUUUAAAUUUUUUAUCAAAUGAUAGUUACA